UCUUCCCUCCGCCCGCGUGAGGCCAGUAUCGCCGGCGCUGUGGGACCAGCCGCGCGUACUAGGAUGUUCCUGCCCUGCGUGAGGACCCCUAAAAGCUGUCCCCCGUGACACGGGCGGGAAACUGAGGCACAAGGCAGCGGCGUCCGUUGCGUGGAAGUCUCCGUGACCCUCUACCUCGGACCUUCUUCCCUGGACUCCCUGCAGUUCCACCGGGGAUUCCCGCCUGCGAGUCCUCCCGGCGCUCGCUGCGGACGGAGCUUCCUCUUCUUUCUUUCCCUGAAGUGGCCCCAUUCGCGUUCUUUUUUUCAUACACCCUUCCCGUCGUGAUUUCACACCGGCCUCCGUCUGUCCUCUCGUCGCGCUUGUCUCUGCUUUCACCCUCUCGGUCACCUUUGGCCCGAGUAGACCCUUACGUUGGUGUUUGGGAGGCGGGCGCAGGCGAAGAGUGGAGCCCACGUCUGGCUCAGACUCGACCUGGCUGGAGGCUGGGUACGAGGUCGCCUUCAGCUCCGGAGGGGGAGUUGAACGACUUGGUUCAGCCCUCACGUUUGACCUUGAUCUAAUCACGUAGCCACUCCGAGCCAGUUUGUUUUGUUUAAUAAGGAAGCUGGAUUAGAUCAACUCAAAAGGCCCUGCCUCCCAGCUCUAAAAUUCUUUGUCUCCGCAAACUGUUCCCUAAACAUUGGACAGUCGCUGCCCCCCAAUCAAUCAGAUUGGGUUUCAAACCAAGGUACUGGAUUCUCCUAGUUCAGAUAAAGAGCUCGGAGUAUGUAACUUAGAAAAUGGCGUAAUCUGCAUUAACAUUGCACAACUUGAAGACAUGACAGUUAAGGAACACACAUGGACUUGUGGCACACGGAUAUGUGUGCACAAAAAGAGGAAAUCUAUCAUUCUUUAAAGAUAGGAGGACAUUCUUCCUCACCAAAAUGGUUAUCAGGUUUGAAAAUCUCCAAGAAUUAAAGAGACUGUGUCACUGGGGUCCCCUGAUAGCCCUUAGUGUCAUAGCAAUAUGUUCUACGAUGGCCAUGAUUGACUCUGUGCUGUGGUAUUGGCCCCUACAUACAACUGGAGGAAGUGUGAAUUUCAUCAUGUUGAUAAAUUGGACUGUUAUGAUUCUUUAUAAUUACUUCAAUGCCAUGUUUGUUGGUCCUGGCUUUGUCCCUCUGGGGUGGAAACCGGAAAAUACUCAGGAUAGCAUGUACCUCCAGUAUUGUCAAGUCUGCCAAGCAUACAAGGCACCGCGGUCACAUCACUGCCGAAAGUGUAACAGGUGUGUGCUGAAGAUGGACCAUCACUGUCCUUGGAUCAACAACUGUUGUGGUUACCAAAACCAUGCUUCGUUCACACUGUUCCUCCUGUUAGCACCAUUGGGCUGUAUUCAUGCUGCCUUCAUCUUUGUUAUGACCAUGUAUACACAGCUUUAUAACCGGCUCUCCUUUGGGUGGAACACGGUAAAGAUUGACAUGAGUGCAGCCCGGAGAGAUCCUCCUCCAGUGAUUCCGUUUGGAUUAGCUGCGUUUGCUGCCACCUUGUUUGCCUUGGGAUUAGCUUUAGGAACAACCAUAGCCGUUGGGAUGUUGUUUUUUAUCCAGAUGAAAAUUAUUCUCAGAAACCAAACUUCUAUUGAAUCAUGGAUCGAAGAAAAGGCUAAAGAUCGAAUUCAAUAUUAUCAACUAGAGGAAGUCUUUGUUUUUCCUUACGACAUGGGGAGUCGUUGGAAGAACUUUAAACAGGUAUUUACCUGGUCAGGGGUCCCAGAAGGAGAUGGAAUGGAGUGGCCAAUAAGAGAAGGCUGUCACCAGUACAGCUUAACAAUAGAACAGUUGAAACAGAAAGCAGAUAAAAGAGUGAGAAGUGUUCGGUAUAAAGUAGUCGAAGAUUACAGUGGUGCCUGCUGUCCUUUGAGUAAAGGAAUCAAAACAUUCUUCACGAGCCCCUGCACUGAAGAGCCCCGGAUACGGCUACGGAAAGGGGAGUUCAUUUUAGCCACGAGAGGGUUGCGAUACUGGUUGUAUGGAGACAAAAUUCUUGAUGAUUCCUUUAUAGAAGGUGUUUCAAGAAUAAGAGGAUGGUUCCCCAGAAAAUGUGUGGAGAAGUGUCCCUGUGAUGCUGAGGCAGAUCGAGCCCCGGAGGGCGAGAAGAAAAACAGAUAGCCACGAUGACAACAGCGGUCCUUUAAGUCUGCCCCAUUACUUGAAAACUGUACACACUACUAAAGAAUUAUGCAAUGAGUCUACUCUGGUUAAGGUGUUCUUUUCCUCAAAGGUGCCCUAGUGCCAUGAUCUAAAUACUUUUAUGAUCAUUUUGAAAUGGAGAAGCCAUUCUGCAUAUGCCUUUGAAUUCCUGCCCUUUUGCCACCUCUUUCAUGUCCCAAAAGGAAAGACACUUCACCCAAGUAAGUCAGUUGCAUUUUCUCUAGGGAUUUUUAUGUGCUGCACACUCUGGACCUCACCUGCAGAUACUGUUCCCCCUCUGGCAGGAGCAUCUGCAUGUGAUGCUUCUAUCCCAUUUCCCCCUCUGUUGAUAUUUCUUAUGUAAUAUUCUAGAUACGAUAGAACUUAAUUUGUCGGAUUCGAUAUAAGCUGAAAUUUUGUUACCUGUCUUUUAAUAAUGCUUAUUUUGUCAAAUCAAAUAAAGAUCAAUGGAUGUUCUCUAGAAA